AUGGAUUAUAAUAACUUUAGAGAAGCAUUAAAUUUUGUCAGUAGAGCAACUGAGAAACUUGUUGAGGCAGUGAAUAACUUACCUGAUCACCUAGCUAUAUUGUAUGUCUUAGCAGCCGCUGGAUUUGGGGUUCUCUAUUCAAUGUAUCAGCUGCUUUUUGCACUGUAUCAUGCUGUUAAAGGGAAGAGGUUGAUCAAGGGCCAGCUUCUGCCAAUGCUUGAUUUUUACGGAGAUAAGGUGAUAGCGUUUAUAUUGGCAAGUGGAGUUGGCGUAGGAUUUGGCGUCAGUAUUGAACUCAAAAAUUUAACAGACGAAUCAAUCAAAAAUUUAGCAGACGAAUCAAUAGACAGAAAAUUAGCAAUUGAACUACUUAAAGAAUUUAGGGACAAGAUGGACAAGUUUUAUAACGGGGGAAUUAUUGCCAGUGGCAUCCUUCUAGCUGGUUUUACUACCAUGGCUAUACUCACUAUUCUUAGUUCUGCCAAGUGCACAGGAAGAAGCUUUUAG